CAAAUUAGGGUUUCCAUUUCCAUUUUCAUGUUGAGAGGCGGAGAGAGAGAGAGAGAGAGAGAGGCCUUUUUCCCUUCUUAUCUUUUUUUCGCUCGUCAUCUGCUCCCCCUUUUUCAGUCGCAUGCGUCGAAAUCUCUCCUCCAGUUCAAUCGAGGAAAUUAAUCGAAACCCAAACCCGUAGACUCUUUGCAACCGUCAAUUUCACAUUGAACACCACCUUUUGGGGGGUUUUCACACGAGCCUCCAAUCUCUGUGAAAUCUUCACUUCCUUGGUCUCAUCAGCUCUAAAAUUUAACUUUUUUUUUUUUUUGCAGUUGGGUUAGUCGGUAUUUAUGGAUUCGGGGCCGGUAGUGCUUGACAUUAGCUCCGACGAUGAGCCGGAUGGGUUUUUGAUUAACAAGUGCGAGGAUGCUAUUAAUUAUGUCGAUUUGGACCAAUACUUAGGUUCUGUAAGGAGUAAUGGUCGCGUGAGGCCGAAGAAAGUCGAUCCGCGAGACGACUCGGAUGAUGAUUGCGUGGUUUUGGAGGAGGAUCCUGAUAAACUGACCGCGGCGGGUGAUGAUGAGAGAGACGGGGAUGGAUCUGAGGAUUUGUGCAUUGUUGGACAAAAGGGCCAGGUAGCUUGCAGGGAUUUUCCUCAUUCCCGUCAUCUUUGUGCCAAUUUCCCCUUCAGUACCACUUCCCAUGAGAAGCACUGUAAUUUGUGCCAUUGUUUUGUCUGCGAUUCUCCUGCACCCUGCAACUAUUGGGGCAAUGGCAUAUCAUUCAGUGAUCAUUGUCAUGCUACCGACAAGGAUGAAACAUGGAGGCUCAAGAGGAAACAAUUCAAGAAAACAAGUACAGCAACUCUGCCAUCACAAAUGCUUCCUGUUCUGAAGCGUCCACCUAUUAGAAACACUCGACCAAUCAUUACGCACAAUCUUCCUUCCUCAUCUCCUAUUAUGCCAAAUCAGCCCUCGAGACCACCUACUCUCCGCCCUUGCUCUGCUGCAAUCACUUCCACUGCGUAUUUACCAGCCCAAAGACCCCAUCAAAACCCAACUAAUAUCUCUCAUCAUAGACAGACCUCUUUGGGAUCAUCUUGGUCAGCAGCGACUCAAAGAAAGAGAGUGAAUCGUAGUGGUUCAGCUUUGGCUCCUAUUUCUCUCUCUCCCUUUAAAAGGGUUGGCGCCUCUGGUUCAAUGACUCUGCCUCAGAGACCUCAGCAACCUCGUCCUAUUGUGUUAUCUAGAACUCAAAGCAUGCCUGUAAAUUCACCAAGAUCUCCAUGUACUCCCUUAACUACACAGAGAUCUCAGAACGAUGACAGCAUCAGACAGUGGCAAGAUAUAAUUGCAGGCGUGGCAGCUGAGCUUGGGGUCUCCGAAUGUGUUUCCCAACCUUACACACCUACUUCUUCGUCACAAGCUUCAGAUAUGUCGAGUCAAGGCAUGGGGUUGCAUACAAAUGUUGAUCCAACAACAUUUUCAUCAAAAUCUUCUAUAGAUUUUGAUGGUGGAUGGCUGGAUGGCACAAGUCGGAAUUUACCAGGACAAGGUCCAGCCAUUUCUGCCAACGACGAUGAUCUUUCCAGGGAUAAUCAACUAGGGAGCUUAUUAGCACCUGUAGAAAAUACUGCUUUUGUGCCUGGUAAAGUAGCCGGUUUGCGUGAAGAGGAUCCAGCAUCGUUUCUAUAUGACCUUGAUUGCAGUUGGAGUAGCAUAGCGAAUGUAUAGCCACCGUAGUCCUUCAGUGGGCCUCCUUCUAACUCCUUUUUAACCAUCAAGUGAAAUCUUUUAUCAGCUAGAGAGGUUGGUCUAUGUAUAUAGGCUCUUUGUCAUCUAUAGUUGUAUAUGCCUUGAACUUGUUCAUGUUUGAUGCCAUCAUCUUGCUCUGGUUUAAAGUUAUGCCACUGAAA